ACAGAUUACCUUCUUACUAAAAAAAAAUAAAAAAUAAGUUUAGUAAAAGUUUGCAGCAAUGUCUUUUAUAACUGGUAAUAUCAAAGACAUUCUUUCUAUUAAAUUUAAAAAUCGACACGAUGCUUACACUGAUCAAUUUAGUCGUAUAUUUAUGACAAAAAUAUUUCUAAUAUCUGCUUUCAUUAUGAGUUUAGACUUUUUUAACUCAAAUAUAUCAUGUUAUUAUAAAUCAAAACUUCUUCUAGAUCAGGAAUUUGUUCAUCGCACUUGCUGGAUCCAGGGUUUAUACAAUUUCGUCGAGUUAAGCAAAAUGUGCUCAAAAAAUUGCAGAUACUUUGGAAUACCGCACAACAUUGAAAUGGAUGGAAUAAAAAAUGACGAACUGUGCAAUACAAAGAGUGAAAAAAAUUGUAUUCCAAUGGCGAAAAUAUUUUUCUUUCAAUACCAAUACUUUCCAUUUUAUAUUGGUUCGUUAGCAGUAGUUUACUACCUCCCUUAUAUAGUUUUCCGGGUAAUAAAUACAGACAUUAUUAAUUUGAAGACACUAAUUGCCUCAAGAACCACAUGUCCAAAAAAGAUUGUUGAAACUUACUUUAAUUAUAAAGUAAAUGGUGGACAACUAGAACUAGGUUUUAAAACAAUUCUUAGUAUAAUAGUUAAGUUGCUGUACGUCAUCGUAAACUUAUUUGGUUUUCUAGUAACAAAUUUGUUGUUAAACAAUAAAUACCUGACGUAUGGUGUAGACUGGAUAAAAUGGGUGCAAAACAAACAAAAAUUCGGUUUUCAUGACAUUGGCCAACAUAAUAUUUCAAAUCCUGGCGAUGUACUUUUACCUGUAUUAGCUUUAUGUGAAAUACCAGCGGCAUCCAACAACAACCGCUAUCAAUAUGUUAAUAAUCAUAAGUUUAUAUGUGAAAUCAGUCCUAAUGUUUUGUAUCAAUACGUAAUGGUGGUUUUAUGGUUUAUAUUUAUACUUGGUGUUUUAGUAUCGUGUGCCGGUUUUUUCUUAAACAUUUUUGAGUAUUUUUAUAUAUAUUUCAACAUACUUUUGAAUCGUAAUGCUUUCUUAAAGAACCAAGUUGAUGAUAAACUUUUUUAUAACAUAACUUUAAGAGAAAAUGAAUAUCUGAAAAACAUAUUAAACACAGAUAAAACAAUUUAUAAAGAAGUACUUAGCUUCUUAAAGCAAAGCAGAGUUUUACAAAUGUCAUUGAAAAAAAAAGGUUGUGAAGCAUUAGAUCUUUGACGAAACAUAAAAUUUUAAUUUUGCUUGAAAGCUGAUGAAUCAAAAAGACUUAUAGUAUUUUAACAGUAUUUUACAAAAGUAAAUAAAUCUUAUUUUUUAAAUUGAUAUUCAAACGUCAAAUUUGAUUAAAGUACAUAAAAGUUACAUUUUCAUUUUAAAAAAAUAUGUCGCUUGAUGUUUGAAGGAAGACUGCUUAAGAUGGCUUUCUAUGACGUCUUUAAAGAAAAAAUAAAAAAAUUAAAAUAAAUAGGUGGAAACAAAACUGAAAGAUAACGUAUAGUAAGCCACCUUGUCCCAAUCAAGUGAUCAGAUAAUUAAUUUAUGAAUAUUUCGUUUUCAUUUUUAAUAUAUAUAUUUUUACUUGGAAACUGUUGUAUUCUUGUAAACAAGUUUUCAGUUUGCAAGAACACCUACAUGUAGGUAAAAAAUUAUUUUGAUGAAAAUAUUAUUUUUAAAUAAA